UACGAUGCAGAAUCAUCAGGGUGUACAGCUGUGCAAAUCUCUCGACGUCAUCUUCUGACCUCAGCUCACUGUGUUAUACAGAAAACUCGCUAUUGGGAACGUUAUUGCGCACUACAUACUGAAACUAAGCACGAUAUGUAUUGGGGUGUACCAUUGGCACGCUUCAAAAUCUACAUUGGAACGAUAUGUACUCACCCAGAGCUUUGUACGGAACAGACCUUGCGUAAAGCAAAGGACAUUAUUCAUCAUGAAAAAUAUGAUCCUUGUACACGGGAAAACGACAUAGCAGUAAUUGAACUGAAUGAAGAUGUACGAAGAGAAGAAGGUACACCAGUCUGUAUGCCAGAGCCAUACGAGCCGCUGGAUCCAACACUGACGGCAAUUGGUUUCGGAACAGAUCGUGUUACAGCUGCAUCUCCUCAUCCUCCGACGUUAUUCAAUUACCUUCAAGCAGUUGAUCUUUCGUUAAAAGAGGUGUCGUAUGCGAGGAAGAUGAUUCGAACGAAAACUCCCAGAAGAUCUGUUUGUACUAUGACCCAAGAUUUCAUAUUUUCAGGUGUUUGUCCCGAAGGACGAAUAAGUGCAGGUGUUCCCGAAAGACGAACAAGUGCAGGUAUUAUCAAGUAG